AUGGGUUCCAUGCACGAGGCAGGAUCCCGUCCUGCUGCGGGUGCUGAUAUGGACACAGAUCGUGUACAUCCUGAAGCUGUUUCCGAUAACGAGCGUGACUUUGAGAAGCAGGACUCGAAACCAGAGUAUCAGGAUGCAUUUGGGGACGAGGAGUAUGCCGAGGUGAAGUACAAGACUUUAAGUUGGUGCGUCUUUUCAGCGGUUCUGAUCGUCAUGAUUGCCGUUGGUGUCCAACGUCCAUGGCACGGCGGUCUCAAUGCUACUGUGGAUACAAAUUUAUACAAGGCUUUUCUUGCAGUCUGCAAUAUCGUCUUUUCAUUCUGUAGGCUGUUCCUCCACUUCAGCUCAUUCAUGGAUCGCACUAACAAAACAGCCGGCCACGUCGCCUUCUUCGGCUUCAUGGCCGAACUGAGAAAUCCCCGUGACUACCCCAAGUCGCUCUUCCUGCUGCAAGGCAUCGACACAUGCUUGUACAUCAUCGCUGCGGUAGUGAUCUACUGCUAUGCUGGUGACGACGUGACCUCACCGGCGCUAGGCUCUGCCUCAACUAUCGUGAAGAAGGUGGCGUACGGAAUCGCCUUGCCGACUAUCAUCAUCGGAGGCGUGGUGAACGGCCACGUCGCAUGCAAGUACAUCUACGUGCGGAUGUGGCGCCAUAGCGACCGCAUGCAUAAGCGCGACCUUGUUGCGACCGGUUCAUGGGUGUUGAUUGGGCUGGCGACUUGGAUUGUGGCUUGGAUUAUUGCCGAGGCUAUCCCGGUGUUCAACAAUCUGUUGAGUCUGGUGCGCGAAGUACUCGUGGUUAUUUGCACCAUGAUAUGGGAAAGGGUUCUCAUCGCACCAUCGGUGACUGCUUUCAGGCAACCGGGGACACCCGACCAGCCCACGGAACAUUUGUUUCCGCUUGCGCUCUUUGUCGCGACCCGCGACCCGCGAUCCAUUGGAUGA